AUGACCGAAAGUGUCCCAAUGGUAGAAUUUGAACGAAUACGCUAUGAACGUCUUAACCAGGUGAUGAAAAAAGCCGUCGAACAGACCAUCAAAAAGCUGCUUAUGUCCGAACAGCUAGAAAAGUGUUUUCCAACCAUAUCCAACAUGGAAGGCGGGCCAGAAGCGUUGGAAACCGCCAGGAAACAGAUCCAAAAAUAUUUCCACAGUACAUGCUUCAAGCAAUUUGAACAUAUUUUCAAUAACAGGGAUAUUGAGCGCAAAUUGGACGAGCUAGACGAGAUAAUCCAAGCUGCACAGCAUCGACGUGAUCUGGGAACAGAAACACCUCUACAGGUUGACAAAUUGAGCGCAGCCCAGCUUAUAGGCGCAAGUAUAGGCCUGUCAAAGGAAGACGCUGUUAGAAAACUUCAGUUGAUAUACGACCAAUUGGUAUUGGACAACCAGCAGCUCUAUCAAGACCUCAAGAACCUAGCGGAGGAAGGAGAGGAGGUGAAAAUGAGCAUUCUUCAGCAGGUGCAUAGCUUAUCGAGUGGCAUUGACGAGUUGAAACGACAGGACUUUGAUGCCAACUUGGAAGCACUUUCUAAGGAAGUGUUUGAUAGUAACUAA